UAAGUCCAGUCUUCAGUUAUUAAUUAUUCUACUACGACUACAUCUUCGACAUCACCACACUACCUGGUACCUACCUCCCUACCAUCAAGGCAUUGCCUUCACCUCCUCCCCUCCCCGCCAUUCCUAUGGCCUCAAUCUUCCAGGUGUUUCCUCAAUUGAGGAUCGCCGCACCUCGCCUGACCCGUCGCCUCUUCGUCUCCCGCCCGUGUCUCAACUCCACCCUCCGCGCCGCUCUCCCACCACUACGCUCCUCCACCAGCAGACCCUCCGUCCUACAAGCCGUACGAUGGCAAUCCACGCAGCCUUUACGCAAUAGCGUCGCUACUCCUGCCGCCGCCCAUGCUGAGACAAGUACCAUAGCCAAUGCUGCGCGCAGCUCCUCCAAGAGCUUCCCCAAUACAAGUGAGAAGGGUGUCGCAUAUUGGUUGAUCGGAAGUGCUGUGAGCGUUUUUGGUAUCGUCAUAUUUGGAGGUCUGACCCGUCUGACCGAAUCUGGCCUGAGCAUCACUGAAUGGCGUCCUGUCACCGGCUCCCGCCCGCCUAUGAACCAGGCCGACUGGGAAUCCGAGUUUACUAAAUACAAGUCGUCUCCCGAAUUUGCCCUUCUCAAUGCCAACAUGACCCUCGAGGAAUUCAAACAAAUCUACUGGAUGGAAUGGAUUCACCGGCUCUGGGGACGAGUCAUCGGUAUGACUUUCCUCCUUCCCACCAUCUACUUCGUCGCUCGUCGCAAGGUCUCCCCCUCAAUGGCCUGGAAACUCGCUGGAAUCUGCGGAAUGAUUGGCUUCCAAGGCUUUCUGGGAUGGUGGAUGGUGAAGAGUGGUCUGAAGGACGAUCUUUUUGCUCCUGGAAGCCAUCCCCGUGUUAGCCAGUACCGUUUGACCGCCCACUUGGGCGCUGCCUUCCUCGUCUACGUCUCCAUGCUCCAUUCCGGAUUGUCCAUUCUUAAGGAACACAGGUUGCUCAAGGAUCCUGCUGCCGCCGCUGCCGCCCUCCAAAACUUGCAGAACCCAGCUCUGCGCAUCUUCCGCGGCUCCGUUGUUGCCCUUUCCCUGCUCAUUUUCACCACCGCAAUGUCUGGUGCAUUGGUCGCAGGUCUUGAUGCCGGUCUCAUUUACAACGAAUUCCCAUAUAUGGGUCUCGGUCUUACCCCUCCGAAGAAGGAGCUGUUUGAUCCUUUCUACAGCCAUGUACCGGACCAGUCCGACUUGGUCUGGCGCAAUGCGCUCGAGAAUCCCUCGCUCGUACAGUUGGACCACCGAAUCCUUGCCACUACCACCUUCACUGCUGUUUUGGCCCUUUUCGCCUACACCCGGUUUGCUAAAGGCGUUCGUUCUAGGAUUCCACGUGAUGCGAAGAAGGGAGUCAUGGGCCUCACACAUCUAGUCUUCAUGCAGGCGACCCUCGGUAUCACGACGCUUAUUUACAUGGUCCCCACCUGGCUCGCGUCUGCUCACCAAGCUGGUGCUCUGGCCUUGCUCACCGGUGCUGUCGUUCUCUAUAGUCGGAUAUCCAUGCCCAGGCGGGCAAUCAUGCGCCAGAUCUUCAAGACUGGUCCUACACAGAGCCAUGUCGCAACGACACCACUACGCUCUCGCAUUGUAGCGGCCGACAAGGCCUCUCAAUAAGUACUCGAAUUGGUCGAGUGCGUUUAAAGAUAUUUCAUGUAAAAUUAUCGUAGAGAACUUCGUUAAACAGACGAAGCUGUAUAUUAUGUACAUAGGCCAUCAUCAGAAGCCUUUUUCAGAAGACUUCUCAUCGCCAAUCGCAUGUAGAGUCACUUCUCCACUAGAGUCUCAAAUAUUCAAAAGCCAAACAUUUGCUUAUUUUCAAUACCUCAGACUUGCU